AUGGAGAAACACUCCGCUGUGUUGAUCGCCUGCCUUCUGUCCUGUCUCCUGUGGAGCACGAGCGCAAUGCCCGUACCGACAUCAGAAGUUAUGAAAGCUCCAGUGCCCAGUCUGUCAGAAGUUACAGGAAAUGAGUCUGAACAAGGAUAUCUCCUACCUGCUAACUCUAAUCCUUACUUGAACAGCAAUGCUGAUAAUUUAGUGACGAGAAAGGAUGAAGCAGAAGACGCUAGCGACGAUGCUGUAAUACUCAGGCAUUUGGCAGAAACAAGAACAAAUCGUGAUGGAAAGAGCCUAAUCCAAAAAGAAAAGAGGCGACUACGGUUGAUGAAACGACGAGAAUCCGGGAACCGCAAAACUCUUGCUGAACAGGAGUCUCAACGCCAUAGUCUUCAUAAACGGGAAGCGGAAUACAGAGAUAGACGAACAUGGUCAAUCUCUAAUGCCUUGUCGGUGCUAACAGACAUGGUGGUGGAAACCCAGCAGCGUCGACUUGCAGAAGAAAGAGAAGCCAUGAAGCGGAGAUUGCUAGAGCUCGGCAAACGGUCUGGAGACAGUUCUGCUGGCAAGAUAGACACUUUAAAUCGGAAAGAACAAGAUAUUGUUUCAUUUCUUCAGGCGGCUCUUAGCUCUGCAGAAUCUAAUUAA